AUGAACGUCUAUCUAAUUGGCGCGGUUGUGGUUCUGUGGUACAUGUUGUAUAGAUACAGGAGACGACGCCUGUACGAGCUAGCGGCGCUGAUUCCAACGGGCCCUGAAAAAAUUCCCUUUGUAGGCGCUUUACAACAUUCCUAUAAUAUUAUGAAUAAUAUAAUAGAUUUGAUCCAAAAAUACACUACCUAUACCCAAAAUAACGGAGGAUUUGCCAAACUUUGGGUCGGUCCGUUGCUUUACGUUGUUAUGACAAAUCCGGAAGACGUAGAAUUCAUUCUAAAAAAUUGCUUAGAGAAGGCAGAUGUAAUCAAGUUUAUGAGAAACAUCGUCGGUAACGCUGGAAUAUUUGCACCAGUAUCAAUAUGGACCCGUCGUAGAAAAAUGUUAAUACCCACAUUUAGUCCCAAAAUUAUCAACAGCUUUAUGGAUAUUAUCAUAAGUCAAAGUGAAGAAUUGGCAAUGCAGUUGUCCCAUCAUAAAGUAGUGGGAACCGGGCGAUUUGCCGCUUGGGAGUUCAUUAGUGCUUACACCCUGGAUUCUGUUUGUGAAACUGCACUGGGCAUACGCAUAAACUAUCUUCAGAAUCCUAAUAACGCUUUUCUAAAAGCCACUACGAAUUUGUUUGCCCUGAUAACUGACAGGAUGUUACAAGUAUGGUUUUGGCCAGACUUGAUCUACAAUUGUACUUCUAGAUCAACUGAAUUCUAUGAAAAUCUGAAAAUAGUGUACGGUUUAACAGAUGAGAUAAUUCAAAGAAAAAAAGAAGAACUCAAGGACGUAGACGUACACUUGGACACCGAUCACGCUAAUUCUGCCCAAAUCAAUAUUGUAGGUCAAAGUCCUAAAAAAGUUCGAUGCUUCCUGGAACAUCUCAUACUGUUAUCAAAAAAUUCCGGGGGAUUUACUGAUGUAGAGCUGAGAGAGGAAGUUAUAACCUUUCUAUUGGCAGGGACGGAUACUUCGUCUAUUGCUAUCUGUAACACACUAACGUUGCUAGCAAAGUAUCCUAAAAUACAAGAAAAAGUUUAUCAAGAAAUAGUGGAUGUACUUGGAGAAUUGAAUCGUCCUUUGGAAAAAGAUGACCUCAAGGAAUUCAAAUAUUUGGAAAGAGUAAUAAAAGAAUCACUGCGUCUUUUCCCUCCAGCACCAUUAGUGAUACGAAAGGUUAUUGAAGAAACAACAAUGCCCACAGGAGUGACGCUUCCAGCUGAUACUGGUGUAAUAAUAUCUGUUUGGGGAAUCAGUCGUGACAAGAAAUAUUGGGGGCCCGAUGCAGAUUGCUUCGACCCGGACAGAUUCCUGCCUGACAGGAAGACAGGCUUGUUCAUACCGUUUAGCUCAGGUCCUCGAAAUUGUAUAGGUUACCAAUACGCUUUAAUGUCGGUAAAAAUGGCGCUGAUUGCAGUACUACGGCGAUACAGAGUUAUUGGUGAAGAAGAAAACGGACCUGCUCCAACGAUUGACACUAAAUUUAAUAUCAUGAUGAAAGCUAAGGAUAACUACCAAUUGGCUUUAGAGGCUAGAUAA